GACCGAGUGCCCACUCCCUCCCGCUAAUAACGCUCUUCUUUCACUCUAAACCCGAGGCACUAAGCUGCAACGGAGAAGAUUUCAUCAGCGCAGACAUGGCUGCAAAUGGCCAUCCCUUGUUGUUACUGCUAUCAGACAUUAAAACGGCCGGGCUGGACGGCUCGACUGCCAGGCGAAUGUUUAUGGAGCACCAUCUGGAGAACAUUAAACUUACUGUACCAUCUUCCUGUUGACAAUUAUUCAUGGACAUCCGUACCUGGACCUGUCAUUGUGGAAAAACACCAUAACCGCCACACACACACACACACACACACACACACACACACACACACCCUGCAAGCUGACAUUCUUCUCCACAUUUCUUGACACCAUGAUGGACAUCACGGCCAAGGAUGAAAACCUGAAGCAUUGUAAGAGAAUAGACAGAGUUAAUGAAGAGAUCCCAGAUGGCGGAUGACUGCGGCCCAGAUGUGUCCCAGGUGUGGCCCAGAUGUGGCAGGUCUGCUCCGACUCGCCGGCUACCACAGACAGAUUAGCCCAGAAGGGACUGAUGUCACACAGAUGAUCAUGUCUCCUCGGACACACACACACACACACACACCACUCAUUUCAACACGGCAGACUCCUACACACCAGGUGAACUCUACAGGUUCACCUGCUGGAGACUACUGGGACACACUAUUUCAUAGGCCUACACACACACACACACACACACACACACACACAAACACCACACCUUUUCAUACACCUACACACACACACACACACCAUUUCAUACACCUACACACACACACACCAUUUCAUACACCUACACACAGAUCUAAUGUAGAAACAUCCACUGGCACGUGGCAAGCAUUGAGGACUGGAAGAUCAAAGUUUAAAUGGUGUGUGAGUGUGUAUGUGUCUAUGUGUUCGUUUGUGCGUGCGUAUUUGUGCAUGGGCUCGUGUGUGUGUGUGUGUGCGUGUGUGUUUGUGCGUGGGCUCGUGUGUGUGUGUGUGUGCGUGUGUGUUUGUGCGUGGGCUCGUGUGUGUGUGUGUGUUUAUCCACCACAUGUCCAUGCCUGGUCAGAGUCAGAUUAAUUCCAGUCAGCAGGAAACUGAAAAGUUUCACAGCCUUCAUUUAACAUUACAUAAGGGUGAACACACACACACACACACACACACACUUCAUUUAACAUCACAUAAGGGUGCGCUGGAUGAGUUCUGCAUGACAUGGUUGUGUGUGUGUGUUUGGGAGUGUAAUGGCGUAGUAGCCUAAGUUAAGUGGUUUAUCCAGGCCUAAAAUUAAAAUGUAUUGUUAACACACACACACACACACAGUGAGAAAGCAGGAGGACUGGAUUGUAUCACGCCUGUUUUUUUUUCAUUUAGCUGUUUUCUUUACUUUCUUUGCUUUUCCCUUGUUUUUCCCCACCGGUUGUCUUAUUCUGCCUCUGUCAGUUAAGCAUCAUGACUUAUUACUGUCUGGGUAUGAAUUUACACAACCUGAGAAGUCAGACUCACGGAUAGCGAGCAUAUCGGUUCACCGAUGGAUUUUGGUCAGCACUGCACUGGUGGUGUGCCACUUCUGGUCGGCUCAUUUUAAGUUUAUGUGGAUAUUAAGAAAAUAACAUAAAAUGUUAGCAAUUCCUGGAAUUUCUUAAUCUUGUCUUUGGCAUAGUCUAUUUAAAAUAUCAGCCGCUAAACCGAAGUUGUCCGUGGCACUAUGAGGCUCUCAAGGUUAAAAAUCACUAGGUGAGUAAAUACAUGUUACCAUCUAUAAAUAAAGUAUAAAUUAUAAAGAAUAAAAUGUCUUAAAGUUAGCGGCAAAACCAGUGGGACACUCGUUUCUCUGUAACGAGAUUUACGUUUUCUUAUUGUUCUUAUAUUAUAACUUAAACCUGCGACAGCGAUUUUAGGGACCACUCUAUGAUUUGAAAUCGUAUUCUGCGCGCCCUGGAGCUCCUUGGAAUUCACUUGUGCACAUCGAAUGAGCGCGCACGCGCUGUAGCCCGUGUGGGGAUGGCUGUUGGUGAGAGGUGGGUUGGGCCGCUGACAGCGACUGGAGCGUAGUGAGUUUUUAAUGUCCGCCAUGUUUGCCAUGGCGUACUGAGCCAGAGAUAGACAGCGGAGCUACUGGGAAAAUAGACCGAUAGAGAGCGACCGAGAUCCGGGCCUUCCCGGCUCUGUUCGCCUCGCCGUAUUUUACCUGUAGCCACUGGUACCACAGACUCCAGGAUACCGACACAGAAUUAUCCAUGAGAACUCAAAUCAGAACAGUGUUAACGUUAUAUUUUAGGAGAUCGGAUAUAUUUAUGCUGCAUCUCGAAAUAUAAAAAUGAGUAAAUUGUCGUUUCGGGCACGGGCGCUGGAUGCUUCCAAGCCACUACCCGUCUUCCGUUGUGAGGACCUACCCGACCUGCACGAAUAUGCUUCUAUUAACCGAGCAGUGCCACAGAUGCCGACGGGGAUGGAAAAAGAGGAGGAAUCGGAGCACCAUCUCCAGAGGGCCAUCUCGGCGCAGCAGGUCUUCGGGGAGAAGAAGGACACCAUGGUGAUCCCGGUGCCCGAGGCCGAGAGCGACUUCGCCUACUACGACUCCCUCUACGCCGGAGAGUUCCGCAUGCCCAAACAGCUCAUCCACAUCCAGCCCUUCACGUUGGAGCCUGAGCAGGCCGACUAUGAUCUGGACACGGAGGAUGAGACGUGUUUGCUACAGCUGCAGAAGAGACUUCAGAUCGGAGCUCUGCAGUUUGAAGACAUGAUGGAGAAGUUGGAGAAGGGCAGUGGACAGCAGCUGGUGACUCUACAGGAGGCCAGGCUCCUGCUGAAAGAGGAUGAUGAACUCAUCCAGGAAGUGUUUGAGUACUGGAGCAGGAAGAGGCGGAGCUGCAAGAAGCCCUCUCUCAUCCCAUUGGUCAAGCAGGAGAAGAGGGAUGGUUCCAGCACCAGCGACCCGUAUGUGGCCUUCAGACGGCGCACAGAGAAGAUGCAGACACGCAAGAACCGUAAGAAUGAUGAGGUCUCCUACGAGAAGAUGCUGAAGCUGAGGAGAGAUCUGAGCAGAGCCGUGUCCAUCCUGGAGAUGAUCAAGAGACGCGAGGGGGAGAAGAGAGACCUGCUCCAGCUCACACUGGAGAUCGUAGAGAAGAGGAGUGGGAUGGCUGAUUUUGGAGGAGACAUCAUGGCUGAAGCAGAGGCCCAGAGAGUUCAGAUGAAGCCGGUCUACACACUCCCUCUUCUCCCUCUGACCAACACAACACAGCACCGAGACUACAGGGGCAAGGAGAAAGUGGAGGUUGUCCGUCAGAAGCGGAAAUAUGAGAAGAAGAAACAGAAGGUUCUACCAGGCCCCACCCACCACACAGGCCCCGCCCUCUUUAACCCGAAAGACCUAAACCAGUACGACUUCCCCAGCUCAGACGAGGAGCCUUACACACAGUUGUUGUCUGGCUCCUCAGAAGCUGAAGAGGAGAAUGAUCCUGAUGGUGUGUUUGCAUUCCGAAGGCGAGCGGGCUGCCAGUAUCACGCUGCUCUCUCUCAGGUGGCUGGCUGGCCCUGGGCAGGUUUAUCUGAAGGGGGGCGGGGCAACACCCGUUUCCGUUACUCCCUCACCUCUCUCACGUCACCACGGCGAUGCCUGGGGUUGGCACGGCGACGUGUGGGCAGAGGGGGAAGGGUUCUGCUGGACCGAGCGCGCUCAGACUGUGACGCACACUCACUCAGACAAACACACACACACACACAGACACACACAUUGGGGAUCUUGCAAACAGACCCUCGGUCUCAGGCCACUGCUAGCUCCCCCACCGAUACGCACACACACUCGCACACACACACACACACACACUCUUCCACCUCCUCCCUUCAGCAGCUGCUGCUGGACAUUCAAUCCUGUCGCCACAGACACUUCAGGCCACGCCCACCGCCUACACCUCCACGGCAACUGCCUGCUGCCCUCAGCCGAUUGGCCAACGGCCUGGGGGCUCAACAAGGGGGAGUUUCCCGAGCCAGUGCAUCCCGUCCUGCUCCAGUGAUAACUGAAGAGCAGUAUCAGCAGCAUCAGGAGCAGCUGGUGGUGUUCCACAGGUCUCUGCUGGCGCAGCAGGCUGGCACUGCCCCCCCGGGCCCCCCCCACAAGAUGCCCUCCCAGACGCUGGACUCCGCCAGCGCCCAGUUCGCUGCCUCCGCACUGCUCUCCUCCGAGCAGCUGGGGGCGCUCAAGAGCAGGGAGGACGGGGCCAACGCCUCCAACGGCCUCGUGGCCCCCUCAGGUGUGCACAAGGGCUUGCAUCACACCAUCACCUCGUCUGCUUCGUCUCCCACCCCACCGACGCACACUAACAAUGGCACACCGCAUCUCCAUGGCAACGCUGGAAGCCCCUCCCCGGCCCAGGCACUGGUGGGUGGGGCUCUGCGGGUGGGCGUCGCCCUGUCGGGUCACCUGACACGCCCCCUCGCUGUGCCUGCCUCCGCCCUCAAAAUGGCCGCCAGUCGUCAGAUGCCCCGUGUCGCCACGACAACUGCUGCCAUGGAGCUGGACCCCAGGGAAAACCACGAUCAAGACAAGCCAGCACUCAACAGCUUAACAGACAGUACAGUGGCCAUGGAGGUCACGUAGCACUCAUGGACACACACACACACACACACACACACACACACACGCUCUGGCCUUACCUGGACCAGGGUGACCCCUCCUGGUGCUAUGCAUCGUAGCAAUGCCAUAUUGCCAUGGCAACUAUCGGGACUUGACUGCAAUGCUCGUGUCAUGCUCUUUUUUACUUGUCUGUGGGAGGGAGACCCUUCACCUUUCACCCUCGACCCUUGACCCUUCACCCUUGACCCUUGUAUAUAGCAUUACUUGAAUACAUCAAUCUGUUUAUUUGUGAUAUUUUGCACUUGGGGGAUCAGGGAUAAAUGUGUAACUUUAUGUGUGUGUGGGCUGGUCUUGUGCGAUUGAGUCAAUGUGUGUGACAAAAGUUGUUUGUGGACGUGUGUGGCAAUCUGGUGUGUGUGUGUGUGUGUGUGUGUGUGUGUGUGUGUGUGUGUGUGUCUGUGUUACUGCAGAGCCUGCUGUGUUAUAUAUUUAUUGUGUCGUGUUUACAGAAGCCUUUUCCUCCUGUGUGUGUGUGUGUGUGUGUGUGUAUGUAUGUGUGUAUGUGAUUUUGAUCCACUGAGCCAAAUGGGAAAUAUUCAUCGUAUCCUGCUCUCUCUCUCUCUCUCUCUUUAUCCCGCUCUCUCUCUCUUUCUCUCUCUCUCAUGAUAUCUCUGUCUACCUUUUUCUUUCUCUCUGUCAUUCUUUCACUUCCCCCUCAACCCGUCAUUAAUUUCUUUGGGAGCUUCCCAUUGGCUAACAACUUGUGGUGGGUGGAGUCCUUGGCUCCUCCUGUCCAAUCCGUGGGCUGGGAUCGUGUGAACGGCGUGUCACUCUGUCGUGUGGGGUCUGUAAAGUUGAGGGGAGGACGGCAGCCUCCAUCUUCGUCCUCUCCUCCUCUUCAUCGCAUGGCACUUCCUCAGCACCAGACAGGUGGCUAAUGCUAAUGCUAAUCAUCUUCUACAUGAACUCUGACCUUUGUGUGACCUCCCCGGAUGGAUGGAUGGAUGGAUGGAUGGAGAGAGAGCAGUUCUCUUCUGUGAAGAGUCUGAAAGCUCGUGUGUGUGUGUGUGUGUGUGUGUGUGUGUGUGUGUGUGUGUGUGUGUGUGUGUGUGUGUGUGUGUGUCUGUAGUCCCACCUGAAUGAAAGAAUGAAAAGAGACGCUGAAGAGGCGGAGUCCUCUGCUGAGAUUCCAGCUGAAUAAAACCUGGGCAUUUAUGAUUUCA